AGUGAAAACUGUCUUGGGGACCUGCCUUUGGAAGCACUGCCCUAGCCUUUGAAAUUCGUCCUUAACCAGGACCUGGAAAUAGUGUAUUCCUACUUACACGGUAUGGAAGCCUUGUCCAACUUGAGAGAGCAUCAGCUAAGGUUAAUGUGUGAAACUGUGAGAUAUGAAAGACACGAAGCAAAUGAAGUUUUAUACUAUCCUGAUGACAUUGGGACCUGCUGGUACAUCCUGCUUUCUGGUUCUGUGUUCAUUAAGGAGUCCAUGUUCCUUCCAAGAAGCAGUUUCGGCAAGCGUUCUGCAGGAAGCUUUAGGCGAGGCUGCGAGUGCAUUGUCCUAGAGCCUUCCGAGAUGAUUGUGGUGGACUAUAUGGAUGAAAAUGAAGAGUAUUUUCAGCGUCAAGCCUCUCAUAGACAGUCUCGAAGAAGAUUUAGAAAAAUCAACCAGAAAGGUGAAAGACAAACAAUUAUUGAUACUGUGGAUCCUUACCCUAUGGGCAAACCACCCUUGCCUAGAGGCUAUCAUACGGAAUGCACUAAAUCUCAGAGAUGGCUUGUUCACCUUCUUUGAAGAGAGAAUAUGAGUGUAACCUGUUUUUAAGAAUGAAUGGGCCAGGGCUGGGGAUUUAGCUCAGUGGCAGCAGACCUGCCUUGCAAGUGCAGGGUCCUGAGUUUGAUCCCUGGUACAAAAAAAAAGAAAAAAAAAAAGAAAGGAAAAGAAUUAAUGGACAUUUGGUCUUCACUAACUUGCACUGCACACUGCAUAUAAACAGAAAAAGAUGGCAGACCAUGGAAUUUUACUGCUUUUUGUGGGAAAGCUUAUGGGAAAUUCAGUAGGUUUAAGAUACUAUGGGUAAACACUGUAAAGUUCAGGAAUCAUCAUGUGAGAGAACAUGUUUGGAAUUCACUGACAGAUUUUAGUCAGAAAAAGGGGCUUAGUAAAAUAGAAAACAAGAGUUUGAAGUCUUAUUUUCCACCAGAUUUUGACGCUUUUUACUUGAGUCUACAUUUUAAUUAUGAGGCAUGUACUACCUUGUCAUUUCUUUCAUGCCAGUACAUAGCGAAUCUGUGCUCAUCAGGGUUAAUCUCUUGGAUCAGAUUUGGGGUUGUCAGGAAAUUUGGAGUUGGGGGAUAAAAACUAAUUUAUCUCUGGAAAGUGGUUGGUUAAGUAACUACCAGUGCUUUGUGAUACAAGAAAAAGAUCAUGAAUGAUUUCAUUCACAUUGAGAAAAAAAAUCUGCCAUUAAUAUAUGUUUGGUUGAUAUGUAAUCU